GUUUAACCGGAAGUCCGCCAGUGUAAGUACUGGUGUGCUGCCAGCUCACACCCAAAAGUGAACAGAGGGACACAGUGCUGCAGCUCUCACUUUCCAGUCUCAAGUGGACCGUCAGAGAAGAAAUCAGGAAAGAUGAGUUACGGAAACAUCAUGGGUGUUGAAACUACUGGUGCCUCAGCAGAAACAGCUAAGUCGGACGGGCUGGGAUACACAGGAGUGAAGGCAUCACACAAGAUGGCAGAGACUGACGCCGGCAGAAUGGAGAAGUACAAGUCUAAAAUCAAAAGUGUGGGAGGUAAAUAUGGAAUCGAUCCAGCUAUCAUCGCUGGCAUCAUCUCCAGAGAGUCCAGGGCUGGAAAUCAACUAAAGGAUGGCUGGGGAGAUGGGGGUAACGCCUGGGGACUGAUGCAGGUUGACGUGAAUCCACAAGGAGGUGGACACACUAAACGGGGUGCAUGGGACAGUGAGGAACACCUCUGCCAAGGCACCGAGAUCUUGGUUGAUUUUAUCAAACAGGUCACCAAAAAGUUACCUAGCUGGACCAAGGAGCAGCAGCUGAAAGGAGGAAUAGCAGCCUACAAUUUUGGGGUUAAAAACGUCCGCACCGUUGCAAAUGUUGAUGUUGGCACAAGCCAUGGAGACUACUCCAACGAUGUUGUUGCCAGAGCUCAGUGGUACAAAAGCAAUAGGGGCUACUAACAGCACAAUCCUCUGCAAAAUCUCCUUCAACUCAUAAAGGAAGUUGAUGUUGAGGUGUGCCUCGCGUUCAAUCAUACAAAUGAAACUAAUGCAAAGAUAAACCACUAAUGAAAUAUCUGUUUAUUGGGCUGAGGGCUCAGUGUGAACCAGGGGCAUUGCUAGGAGUGCAAAACAUCUGGGGCUUUAGCCAGCGUGGAUAGUCUUUUUUUAAUGGUGGUCUGGGAAAUUUUGAAAAUUGGGCUGCAAUUUCAACAUAGUUUGAGAGGGUUAGGAAGGCCAAUCGUUGGGGUUCUUAUUGUCAUAUUUUAAUCACAAAUAGCUAAUUUUCCCUCACUAUAGGCCUACUGAAUAAUGUUUACUCUAAAGAUAUUACAGCCUGUAAUAUGACCUGUGCUGUGUUCAUAGGCUAUUAAAGCAGGUAAAACAUUCCCUGUUGUAAUUUCUUUGCUUCAUUGUCUGUCUGCAUUGGGCCUAAAUCGUCAUUUAACAGAGACAACACACCCAGACUACACCCACGACCACAAGUCCGAUUUGAUUUAACACAGAAGGCAAAAUCAGAAUUUAAGAUUGGAAUGAUUAACACAUGUGCCUACCUGGUGUCAAGGUGACCAUAUAGAGGUUGAAUUCAUGGAUCUGGAUGAAUCUGUGCAAGAAAGUGAUCCUUGUUCUUCAUCAGAGGUUGGGGGAGACGAUGUCUCACUCUCCACAUUUUCUUGCUCUGGUUGCAACUUUUUUUUCCAAAGAUCCGUGUAUCCAUAUACUCUGUAUAUCCAUAAUAACUAACUACAGUAAAUGCUGCAAUGGUACUAAACAGUGGGCUAAUGGACGGGCUCUGAUAAUAUCAGUGACACGUAGAGGAGGAAAGAAUGACACUAAUGUUGAGUUUGCAACAAAUUAUUCUGACUCUGCCCAUAUAUGGGCAUAUGCCAUAAGGAAAGCCAGCUUCUGCACAAUUUGCACUGGUGACAAUGCUGCAGUUGUGGCUGCUGGCUGCUCGAUUUGCAACCACAUAAAAACCUCUGGGGCUACUUUCAACAUUAGGCAAUUGUAUUUGAUUUUUUGAUUUUUAAUUUUUUAAGACACAGAGAUCCGGGGCUAUUCCCAAAACAUCCACGGCUAUAGCCUCAAAUGCCCGGGUCUAACAACUUGCCUGGUGUGAAUUCUAGUUAAGACAAUUUGCAGAAAUGUAACAACCACUGUAUCCUUGUUUACGACUGUAACUGCACUGUUGUUGAGGCUGCUUCACGAUUUACAUAAUUUAAUACGGCUGAUUUACUGCAUUGAUUAUCGCAAUUGAUUUCAGCUUCUUACAAAGUGAGAGAUGUAAUAAAAGCAUGAAGUGUCACCACU